AUAAACUUUAUUUCUCUAGAAAUGAUGUGUACAAGUGGAGUCCAUGCUGAGAAACUGUUAGAACAGCUAAGAUGUUGAGCCCAGGAGUUUGAGACCAGCCUGGGUAACACAGCAAGACCCUGUCUCUACAAAAUAUUUAAAAAUUAGCCGGGCAUGGUGGUGCACCCUUGUAGUCCCAGGUACUCAGGAGGUUGAAGUGGGAGGAUCGCUUGAGCCCCAGUGUUGGAGAUGGAAGUGUCAUUGCACCACUGCACUCCAGCCUGGGGGAUAGACGGAGAUCCUGUCUCAAAAACAACCAACUAAGACGUGAUUAAGUUAUGUGCAUGAUUUUGUUAGACAGUUCAAGUUUGUGUGAAAGGAAUAGAGUUGUGCUACUCCAGGCUGCUGUGGCACUCUGAUAAAGAUUAUGCUUCUCUUUUAAGUAGAGAACUGCUUUAUGAAGCCUUGAAUUUAGGUACCAGAGUUUCUGAAUGAAAAUGAGAAAACUGCAACAUUCUUUUGCUUUUCUGUACCCAAUAUAAAUCAGAUACUUUCUACUGACUUCUCAGAAAACUCAGUCACCUCCUGAUACCAUCAGGGUCUUGCAGAAGCCAUUUGUCAACAAAUAUUUGCUAAGAAGUGAAUUCAUGUUCCCAAGUAAUGAGAGAAAUGCCUCCUCCCUAUAUCCUAAGCAUACUGAGGCCAAAUUUGGCAACAAAAGGGGAAAUUUUCCUGAAAUAUAUGCUUUUAUGCAAUGUUUGCUAUUUCACAGAUUAAUCAUUAAAUUAGACCCACCAAUAAUAGCAUGCUAGUAUAAUCCAAACUAGUUUCACUAAUGAUUUAAAGGGAAUGUUAGCAUAAUGGUGUUAUAUUGUCCUUAAUAUUGCAAAGUUGACAUUGAAAGGAAAGGCAUUUUCCUCAUACAUUCAGAUGGAUCUGCAGUUAUGGUCUGUCGGCUGAAGAAUGAGAAGUUCAUAAUUUAGAAAGGAGAACUCUUUCUCAUGAAUGGUUUCAGACUGUAGAGCAGCCAUUCUGACUGGCUGAGAAGUGUAGCCGCAGGCCAGAAGCCAGAAACUGACACUUCCAGGGAGGGGCAAAGGGAACAGGAAUUUAUGCUGAGGAAGGUGGUCAAAUAUACAUAUUCAGUAAGCUGUAGGAUGACUCAUGAAUAUUUAUGAAAGGAGGAAAGGUACCCAUGAGUAAUUGAGCUUCAUGGGUACCAUGCACAAAAAAUGGCAGUGUUACCACAAUCACAGGAUGGAGUUUUUGGCCCUCUUACAUCAAAAGGUGAAGCAGAGGACAGAAAAACCCUUACUGUGCAUUCUCAGUAGACUGGCCAGAACCAUUCUGUGGUCUGUGAUCUCUUAUCAGGCACAAAAGGAGGGGCAGCAUCAGGGGGUUGGUUGAUAUCAGUGGUAGAAUCUUCUGAAAGGGCUAGUUUCCCUUAAGCCCUUAGAGAAGAAAGCCUAAUUGUGGUUAGCAAGAGAGGAGGUAUAGAGUUGUAUCUGACGCUCUAUCUACUCUUGGCCCAGAACUCAGUUUUCAAGGUUACUCUGGGGUCCUGUUGGCCAAGAAAGUGUGUAGUGAGCCAAGAUCUCACCACUGCACUCCAGCCUGGGCAACAAGAGCGAAACUCCAUCUCAAAAAAAAAAAAAAAAAGAAAGAAAAGGAAAGAAAGUAUGCCUUCAGUCAGUUGAGAGGCUUUGAAUUUUAUUGUUAGUUUACAUUGUACAUGUCUUUUUUCAGUUUCCUUAGUGUGCAUUUCCCAUGCAAAAAAAGAAGCUGUAGAAAAUUAUUUGAAAAUACAAAUGUGUGGAGUAGAGAUAGGAUAUUGAACUAUGGUUCAGUAUCUACUUUAAUCUGUUUUUCCUCCCUCCUGAAAAUAACAGGACUUUUUUUUAAGGCAUAAAGUACUAGGAUAGCCAGGACAGGAGAGACAAAAUUAGUAAAAUUUUGGAAAGGCAAAUGGACAAGUGGGAAAAGAUUUUGCAACUUCAAGGAAGCUGAAUUCUAAACCAGCAAUGGGGAAAGCCAUUGAGCAGCCCAGUUUGCAUUACAGAAUCCCCAAAUGCUCAGGAUUAGCAGCACCAGGUAACUCCAUAAAGUGUGAGAGUAUGGUUGAAACAAGGAGGAUUGCUUGAAAUGCUGGUUCAGAACCGGCCAAAUCCCCAGAUCCUUUUCUCAACUUCUUGCAACCAAGUGUGUGUACAUCUCACCACACCAGCAGGCUUUGGGGAUUUAUUCUCUGGAAAGGGUAAAACAAAGAGUAUCUGUCUAGACUGAGAAGAUAUGAUACACAGUUGAGCAUGGGAGUAUACAGAAAACGUGAGGAUUAAUUGAAUACAGCAAACUGGAUGCUGGGACCCUCGUCCACUUCUCUUCUUUUCUUAUAUGAGUAUAUGACAGUGGCUCCAACGACAGAAUCCUUAAGACAGGAAUUGGGAGAUCCAUCUAUGGAAAGUCUGACUAGCACAAGGAAAUUAAAGACAUUAGCCAGGCAUGAGGGUGUGCACCUGCAGUCCCAGCUACUUUGAAGGCUGAGGUGGGAGGAUCACUUGAUCCCUAAAGUUUGAGGCUGUAUUGUGCCACUGCACUACAGCCUGGGUGACAGAGCGAGACCCUCCCUCUAAUAAAUAAAUAAAUACAUACAUACAUACAUACAUACAUACAUACAUACAUCUAGGUUUCCAGAUGAAAUCCACUCACAUCAUCCUAAAUUAUAAGCCCCACCCACAUUCUUUCCCUUCAUUCAUUUUAGUACCUACUCUUUUUUUUUUUUUUUUUUUUGUUAAGACAAGGUCUUGAUCUGUAGCCCAGGCUGGAGUGCUGUGGCACCAUCAUAGCUCACUGCAGCCUCGAACUCCUAGGCUCAAGCCAUCCUCCUGCCUCAGCUUCCUGAGUAGCUAAGAUUACAGGCAUGCACCACCACGCCUGGCCAAUUUUAAAACUGUUUUUGUAGAGAUGGAGUCUCACUAAGUUGCCCAAGCUAGUCUCAAACUCCAGGCCUCAAGCCAUCCUCCCACCUUGGUUGCCCAAAGCACUGGGUGAUUGAUAGCAAAAAAAAAAAAAAGAAGAAGAAGUUAAAAAAAUGAGAAGGUAAAUCUUUCAGAAAAUAGUACAAAAACAUGAAGAUAUAGAAAAACAGAAAAAAAUGAGUAAUUUACCAUACCAGGUCAGAAGAUUCUAGAGACAAAUAAUAGGGGUCCCAGAAGGAGAAAUUAAAAAAGCAGAGGGAUGGCCAGGCUUAGUGGCCCAUGCCUGGAAUCCCAGCACUUUGGGAAGCCGAGGCUGGUGAAUCACAUGAGGCCACGAGUUCAAGACCAGCCUGGCCAACAUGGUCAAAUCUCAUCUCUAUUAAAGACACAAAAAUUAGCUGGACCUGGUAGUGCACGCCUGUAAUCCCAGCUACUCAGCAGGCUAAGGUGGGCAUGAUUUUUCACUACACCUUUAGGGUGCCAGCCCACUAUGGCCCCCACACUUCUAACCAAGAAUUUGAUACCCAGCAGAGCUAUGCAUCAAGGAUGAGGAAUAGUCUAACCAUGUUUUAUACAUGCAAAAUGGAAAAACAAUAUUUUUCUUCCUUGUGCUCUUUCAGGAAGCUCUGGAGGUUAGGCUUCACCAAUAUAAAGGUGGUCACUAAAAAAUAACAACAAAAAAAAGAGGAAGACGUGAAAUAAAGCUGGAGAUUCAGACAAGAAGGAAAUCUCCAGAAUGAUGAUGAAGAGAGAUCCCAGAAAGCUAGCUGUCUACCAGGAAUAGAGAAUAGUCAGGGCAGAUUCCAGGAGAGAAUUCUCCAAGAUGAUAUUGAUAGUAUAGCUGAUGACUGGAGAGAUUGAGAGUGUAUUGAUAGGAAAUUGGGAAUUGGCAGAAUUUAGAGUUGAAUUAGGAGUAGUACAAUCAUGCCUAUGUGAUGAAGCCUACAUAAAAACCCAAGAGGAUGGGAUUUGGAGAGCCUUCUAAUAGCUCAACAGGUGAAGGUCCUGUAGCUAACACAUCUCUUCAAGUAUAUUCUUCGCAAUAUUUUCCACAUAGGCACAGAAGGCAUAUGCUUGUGAGACAAAGGUGUCUCUGAAACUAUGGAUGGUAUAAGAACUUCGCUUGACGUUGAAGAGUACUCCGAUACUGAGGUACAGAAAAACCAAGUACUAACUCUGGAAGAAUGGCAAGACAAGUGGGUGAACGGCAACACUGCUUUUCAUCAGGAACAAGGACAUCGGCUAUUAAAGAAGCAUUUAGAUACUUUUCUUAAAGGCGAGAGUGGACUAAGGGUAUUUUUUCCUCUUUGCGGAAAAGCGGUUGAGAUGAAAUGGUUUGCAGACCGGGGACACAGUGUAGUUGGUGUGGAAAUCAGUGAACUUGGGAUACGAGAAUUUUUUACAGAGCAGAAUCUUUCUUACUCAGAAGAACCAAUCACCGAAAUUCCUGGAACCAAAAUAUUUAAGAGUUCUUCGGGGAACAUUUCAUUGUACUGUUGCAGUAUUUUUUAUCUUCCUAGGACAAAUAUUGGCAAAUUUGACAUGAUUUGGGAUAGAGGAGCAUUAGUUGCCAUUAAUCCAGGUGAUCGCAAAUGCUAUGCAGAUACAAUGUUAUCCCUCCUUGGAAAGAAGUUUCAAUAUCUCCUGUGUGUUCUUUCUUAUGAUCCAACUAAACAUCCAGGUCCACCAUUUUAUGUUCCACAUGCUGAAAUUGAAAGGUUGUUUGGUAAAAUAUGCAAUAUACAUUGUCUUGAGAAGGUUGAUGCUUUUGAAGAACGACAUAAAAGUUGGGGAAUUGACUAUCUUUUUGAAAAGUUAUAUCUACUUACAGAAAAGUAAAUGAGACAGAUAAAAUCACAUUGACAUGUUUUUGAGGAAUUGAAAAUUAUGCUAAAGCCUGAAAAUAUAAUGGGUGAAUUUUUUAAAUUGUUUAUAAAUCAUAUGAUAGAUCUUUACUAAAAAUGGCUUUUUAGUAAAGCCGUUUACUUUUUCUAAAAAAGUUUUAGAAGAAAAAGAUGUAACUAAACUUUUAAAGUAGCUCCUUUGGAGAGGAGAUUAUGAUGUGAAAGAUUAUGCCUGUGUGUCUUGCAGAUUGCAAGAUAUUUUACCAAUCAGCAUGUGUUACCUGUACAAUUAAAAAAAAUUUUAAAAUGCAAUGCAAUACACACAGACAAACUGGCAUUUAUUUUAUUUUAUUUUUUUGAGAUGGAGUUUCAUUCUUGUUGCCCAACCUGGAGUGCAAUGGCGCAAUCUCAGCUCACUGCAACCUCUGCCUCCCAGGUUCAAGUGAUUCUCCUGCCUCAGCCUCCCGAGUAGCUGGGAUUACAGGUGUGCACCACCACACCCAGCUAAUUUUUUGUAUUUUUAGUAGAGACAGGGUUUCACCAUGUUGGUCAGGCUGAUCUCGAACUCCUGACCUCAGGUGAUCUACCCACCUCGGCCUCCCAAAGUGCUGGGAUUACAGGUGUGAGCCACUGCGCCUGGCCUGACAUUCUUUAUGAAAUUGAGAAUUGUUGAAGAAAUAUAACACUUCAGUAGGGUUCAAGGUGGUCCCAAAAGUUAUAUAAAAGAUCAGUUUUUACUAUAAACCCUUGUCUUUUACUCAGAUCCUAGCAUCCCUUUUCACACUGUUUCUCCAUAUAUAUAUAACAGAAUCAAGAAACAAAUUUUAAUUAAACAAUCUGUAACAGAAUCAAGAAACAAAUAAAUUUUAAUUAAACAAUCUAUGUGGAACAAACAUUCCCAAAUUCUAAGAAUAAAUUUUUCUUUAAGUUUUC